AUGCGCUUCUCUAUCAGGUCACACCUUGCUGACUUGUCACCCGUAGACUUCAUGGGAGGAAACUCGACCAAAGCCACCUCCGGAAUCAACGGUGCUCUUACCCGUACACAGACCGAUCUCGGCAUCCAAGACAGCGUCAAGCAAUUCUACGAAGACACUCUAAAGUCGGCCAGAGACAAGGCUCGACCCGAUCUCAUCAAGGUCCUGACCUACAAGUCAGCUGGUGCCGUCGAGUGGCUGCAAGAUGUCUUCAACCUGGAUCUGACACUUGUUUCGCGUCUCGGGUGA